AUGCAGCUACAAACAAGAGGGUAUACUCUUCUAAAAACCGAACCGAAUAAAGACACCCAUAUUAGCAGAAAUGCGAAUAACGAAUUGGUGUUGAAUAUUCAGGAAAUUUAUAAAAGUAAAUUCAACCAUGAUAAUAAUAGAGUAACGGCUCAGUCAUAUAUGGCCAAGUUGUGGAACAACUUAGGAUCAAACAAAAUUAUUGACCCCCAAAAUAUAUGUGUUUCCUUAAAGUUGCAAAUUAAUGUAAAAAAUACAGAUCCCGAAAGAAAUAAAAAUUAUUUCAUAUAUUUUGAUAUUAAUCCGUCUGGAAUUAUGUCUAAAAACAAACAGAAAAUAUUUUAUCAGUAUAAGCCGAUUACUGAAAAAAAUGACAACACUUUUGAAAGUUUCUCAAACGAAGAGAGAGUGAAACAUUUCGCAAAACAAACAUCGCGGCUAUCCGGGAAAAUAAUCCAACAUAAACAAUCCAAAUAUAAAUUAUUGAAGGUACUUCAGUCAGCUAUAUAUGGAACUGUUUAUUUAUCUGAGAUAAUUGAAGAUGCUAAUAAGAAAUUGAUCAAUACAAAAAAAGCAAUAAAAAUAUUAUCAAAGCAUCUUAUAGAAAUGGCUAAGGAGAGAAUACAAGAGGAUCCAUUGUCUGAGUACUAUUAUAGAGAUAGCAUGAGUGGACAUAGUAAUAUAUUAAUAUGUGAUAAUAUUUUUGAUGAUGAUAUAUAUAUAUAUAUGGUUAUGCCUUUUGCUAUACAUGGUGAUUUAUUUGAAGUUAUGAAAAAUAGGAAUAAAGCAUUUUCAGAAGAAGAAGCGCGAUAUUUAUUUUAUCAGAUUUUAUUAGCUAUAAAAUUUUUGCAUUCAAAAGAAAUGGCAUUAAGGGACAUAUCAUUAGAAAAUGUGCUUUUAUUUGAAAAUGAAACAAAUGGGCUUAUUUAUCCUGUUUUGAAUGAUCCUGGGCAAGCUAUUCAUUUUAAUGUUAAUAAAAAAAAUGAAGUAAUAUUAGAAGAGUAUACAAAAACAUUUGGAAAAAUAUUUAGACCACCUGAGAUACAUGCAAAAUGCAAAUAUGAUCCAACAAAAGUUGAUGUAUUUUGUGUCGGAUAUAUAUUAUAUUUUUGUCUAACAAAACAGGAAUUAUUUAGAUCAUCUGUAGAAAAAGAUAUAUAUUGGAAUAUGCUAAUACAUAAAAAUUAUAGAGAAUUAUUAACUGAUAAAAAUGGAAUUCAUUUAUCUAAUGAUGCAGCCGAUUUAAUUUUUCAUUGUUUAGAUCCAAACUUUCAAACAAGAUAUAGUAUUAAUCAGGUUUUAAGUCAUACAUGGUUUAAACGCAAUAUAUACCCUGUUCAUAAUUUUAGUUUAUAUUUGAAUAAUGAUACAAGAUCGGAACAAACUGGGAAGAAAUCUCUAUUUAAAUUUUCAAUAGAAAUCCAUAAAUAUGCCAAAAAAAAUAAUGUGAAAAUAGAUCAAAAUUCAAUUAUGGAAUUUUUUAUUUAUGAGCAUGUAUAUAUAAAACCUGAUUAUAGAACUCCAUUUCAAAAUAAAUGCAAUAAUACGUUUUUGACAUCUUGUUCCACCUUCUACCCUAACAUUUCUCCUUUUGUGUAUGGAAAUAAAUCAUUUUUUCCUGGAAAUGUGAUGCCUAUGAUUCAAGGCAAUACUGCUCAUUCUGGCAAUAGCAAUCACAAUAGCAAUCACAAUAGCAAUCACAAUAGCAAUCACAAUAGCAAUCACAAUAGCAAUCACAAUAGCAAUAACACUUGUUUGAUGCCUGCAUAUCAUACAAGAAAUAUUCAUACCGCGUCUGAUGAUACUACAAAUUUUGUUAUGAAAACAAACCCAAGCUUCAAUGUACACACAUUACAAGAAAACAGUGUAAUAAAUAAUAUGAAUAAUUGUGAAAAGGACCAUCUGAUUAUAAACAGUUUUCGCACCAAAGUAUCUUCCAUUAAUAAGCGGUAUAAUAAUAAUGAAAAGAAUUUAAACAACAGAUGCACAUCUAUAAAUAGAAGUGAUAGUAGAAGUGAUAGUAGAAGUGGUAGUAGAAGUGGUAGUAGAAGUGGUAGUAGAAAUGAUAGUAGAAAUGUUUGUACUAGAAAAAAUGAUUUAUGUAGGAAAUAUAUUAUCUUCGAUAAUCCGGUUAAGAUAGGAAAGAAAACUUUUCUACAUAUAAAAAAUAAUUUAACAAAACCAAAAGAAUUAAUAAAAAAAUGCAAUAAUCUUAGUGAAAAAUCAAAAAUAAAGAUAUUAAAUAGUCACAAAAGAAAUAUUUACAGAUUAAUAGAACUUAAAAAAAAACGAAAUAAAAAUAAUUUUCCUCGAGAAAAGUGUAGAAUUUGGUCAGAAAACAUAAAGGAAUGUAAUAAUACUAUUAUUACUUCGAUUAGUAAUUUAUCUAAUGGGAAUAAAUCAGUUAAAGAUGAAAAUAACGAAGUAGAUGUACUAACCACUCCAAUAGUAGAAUCAAUGAAUAAAAAAAGUGAAGUUGUACUAAAUGAAAUAGAAGUAAAAUAUCAAAGGUCAAGUGAAAAUAUCAUAACAGAAUUUAUAAAAAACCAUGAUAAAACAUUACAAUUAAAUAUUCAAAACAAUGAUAAUGAAAUCAAAUUAUUAAAAUGUGACGAAAAUAUUGUCUCAUGUAGUAAGCAGAAACAUUUAGAACCAAAUGAAACACAAUGUAAUAAUGUAUCAUACAUGGAUAAAAAAAUUACCGAAGAUAAUAAUAAAAAUGAUAAUAUAAUAGGAUUAAGUAAUGAUAUAGAUUCUGAAAAGAGUGAUGCUAGUUUGGCAGAAACCGAAAAUAGUCAUUAUAACAAUAUAGAAAUGAACAAAUUAAAAAAUUUAAUAAAAAAUAAAAUACGAGAUAAUGAUAAUAGUUUUAACCAUAUUAGUAAUAGUCUUAACGUUCACAACAGAAUUAGUAAUAUAUCUAAUAUCCAUAAUAGAGUAUGUAAGGAUGUAUGUGAGAAUCGACGCCCAUUCAAUAGCAAUAUUAUCGAUAAUAAUAGUGUUCAAAACUUUGAUUGGGUCACACUUUCAUGUAUCGAAAAUAAUUCAAAUAACGAAAUUGAUAAAUUAUAUAGUGAUUCAAGUGUUUCAUAUACAAAUGUAUUAGAAAAUAACGAAACUUUGGAAACAGACAAAGAUUAUAAUAAUGAAGAAUAUAAAUACAUAACAAAAAUAUUCGAAAAUGAGGGGUAUAUAAAUAUUAAUAAUUUGGCUUCCUUUUAUGAAAAAAAUGAUUCCACUGAACAAGGAAAUGAAAAAAGUAAAGAAGAAAAAGUAGAUGCAAUAUUUUGUGAGAAAGAACAAAAAUGUGAAUAUAUAAAUACAUUAAAUAAUGUUACAAAUGUUAGAGAAAAUGAAAUAAAAUCAAAAAAUAUAUGGAAUUAUAAAAAGGAAGAAAUGUGUAAUUCAAUAAAUGAUAGUAAAAAUAAUUCUUCAGAAAAUAUAAAAAUUCAAAUCUUAAAAAAUAAUAAAAAAUUUCUGAACAAAAUUGGUAUUACAAGAAUGUCUGAUGAAUGUAUUAAUCAUGUAUUAAUGCGGGAUAAUGAAAAAAGGGAAUAUAUAGAAAUUGAAGAAGAUGAAGAAGAGGAAGAAAUUGAAGAGGAAGAAAUUGAAGAGGAAGAAAUUGAAGAGGAAGAAAUCGAAAAUUAUAAUCCUCACAAAUUUAUGAAUCAAAUACGUUGCAAACUAGAAAAUGAAUUAGAGAAAGAAAUAAAAUGGGAAGAAAAUAAUUUGAAAAAUGAAACUGCCAACAAUUUAGACAGUAAUUUUUCUAUUUUAAUAAAUACAAACAAAGAUAUAGAAAAAAGUAAUGCUUUAUUAAAAAAGGAAACAGAUAUAUCUAUGAAUAAAUUAGAAAGCAAAGAAAUGAUAGAUAUUGGCAAUAGUAAGAAUGAAGAUACUGAACAAAGAAUUGUUGUAAGCAAUUUAAUAGAUUCUGGAUAUACAUCUAAAAUAGAUAUAGAAAGAGAAAAGGUAGCAAAUUUUGAUGAUAUAUUUAAUAGUGAAGAUAAGAAAAAAAAAGGAAUUACAAAAAUAAAAGAAACUGAAAAUAUAUACUCAAAAGAAAUUAAGACAAAACAACAAAAUUAUUUAACUAAAAAAAACACAUCAAAGAUAUCUGAAAUAAAAAAAAUCAAUACGAAUAGUGAAAAGGAAAAAAAUAAAAUUAAGAAAAUGAACAAAUAUAUAUUUGAUAAUAAAAUGAAAAAAAAUAAAAAUGUUUUUGAAAAUAAUAAAAUUCAAGCUAAAGUGGCGAAUCAAAACAUUGGUAUUACAACAGAUGUAAUAAAAGAUAAAAAAUUCCAAAAUAAGAAAGAUAACGAAAAUUGGAAAAAAAAUAAAAAUAAUGUAAAUUCUAUUUUAAAUGCACCAAGUUAUUCCAAUAAAAAAGGAAUGAAUAAAAAUAAAACUAAAAGUAAUAAUGUAACAGAAAAAAAAACACAAAAAUUUAAAAGACAUAUAUUAUUAGAAUUUGAUAAAAAAUAUGAAAAUAUACAAAAAACUAAUAAAUAUAUUGAUAAAUUGGAGAAAGAUGGAUAUAAUGAAAUAUAUAAAAACAAUGGAGGUAGAUAUUCUAAAAAACCAAAUAUGAAAAAUUAUAACCAAAAUAAUACUGUUUCUUUUAUUCCAAGUUUUAGAAAAACAAUAGGAACGGUAUUAUACAAUGAAAAAGAUAACAAACAUUAUAAUAUUCUUAGAAAAAGUAAAAAUUUAAAUAAUGAUUUACAAUCAGAGAUAUUAAAAGAUAAACAAAAUAAACAAAAUAUACAAAAUAAACAAAAUAAACAAAAUAAACAAAAUAAACAAAAUAAACAAAAUAUACAAAAUAUAAAAAUAGAAUCAAAUGAAAUACAUGAAUUAAAAAAUGCCAAGAGUACAGAAGAUAGUUGUAGAAACGGUAGAAACUUUACAAAUAAAAAAAACUCAAAUAAAGAUAAAAAAAUAAAAUUAACAAAUAUAUCUGGUACAUGUGCAAAUGGAGAAUUUGAAACGAAACAAAUAAAAAAACAAGAUAAUGAAAUAUUUAAAACAGAUGCAGAAUUUUCCAAUGAAAUGAAAAAGAAUCAUAGACUUUUAGUAAAUAAGAUUAAAAAAAAUAACCAAAAAAAUGAGUUGUGUAAAAAUAAUAUUCCAAAAAAAAACACAUCAUCUAAAUAUUGGAAUAAAGAUUAUAGAAAAAAUUUCAAGUUCAAAAAAUCUGGAAAUUUGAAAAACCCAAUUGAUCAUAAUUUAUCCAAAACGUUUUCUAAACAUGUAUUUCCAAAGGAAGAGAAGAAAAAAGAUGAUGCAAACAUAUUUAACGUAAAUAACUCAAUUAUUAAAAACGUAAAUGAAUAUAAUAAAAAUAUUAAGCCUUUUAGUACAUCUUUAUAUAAUGAUAAUAAAAUGGGAAAUAAUUAUGAAACUGAAAAAAAAAAAAAAAAUAAUCUUUUCGAUCAUUUUAAGAAAAUAGAUGAAACAAAAGAAAACACAACUAACGAAAGUAAAGAAAUAAAUAACCAAAAAAAUGCAUUAAGUUGGGUUAUAAAAAAUGGUAAUGCACCAAUGAAAUGUGCGACAGUAACAGAUGUAGAUAAUGUGGUUGGUGCUAAUGUGGUUGGUGAUAAUGUGGUUGGUGAUAAUGUGGUUGGUGAUAAUGUGAUUGGUUCUAAUGUGAUUGGUUCUAAUGUGAUUGGUUCUAAUGUGGUUGGUUCUAAUGUGGUUGGUGAUAAUAGUAGAAAUUCCAUGGAUAAUAAAGAAGAAAUUAUUAGAAUUGGGAAAAAUAGAACCUUAAACGAAUUAAAGAAUAUAUUAGGUUCGGUUUAUAAUGAUAUAACAUUUGUUAAUGCGUUAAAUUAUUUAAAUAGAAAUGAUGGAGAAGAAAAAAAAGGAAAAAAAAUAAAUUCUGAUGAAAAUAUUACAUUAAGUAAAUAUGUAAACAAUCUUAAUAAAGAUCUUAAAAAAAAUCCAAAGAUGAAUAUAUUUAUUAAUCUAGAAAAUGAAAAAUUAGACAAUAAAUAUAAUUUAGAUACAACAAAAAAAGGAACAAAAAAAUAUGAUGAAAUUAGUAAAUUAGAAAAAUGUAAAUAUUUAAAAAAAGAGAAUAAUGAAUUUAAUUGUGUAAUAAAAAAAAAAAGUGGAAAUACUAAUUUAGCAAAUGUUGAAAAUAAAAAGUUGAAGAACAAAAUAUUCGAGAAGUAUGGACAGGAAAAACAAACUAAUCAAAAUAAAGGAAAACAAGUUUAUCCAUUUCUUAAAAGAAAAAAUGGAAAAAAUGGAAAAAAUAGCCAAAUGGGUAGUGAGAAUGAUAAAAAAAAUAUUGAAGAAAAAUGCAACAAAAGUUUGAACUCUUUAGAAGAAAGAAAACUAUGUAUUCAAUACUUAAAUAAAAAUUUAAAAAACAAAAUAAAAAAAAUGAAUAAAAAAAAUGAAAAGAAAGAUGAAAAAAAAAAUGUUUUAAAUGAUGAUAUGGUAGAUUAUCGAAUGUCAAAAACGGAAAAAACGGUUAAGGAUAAAGAAAUGUUGAAGAAUGAAAAUGGGAAUUGUAUUGUAGGUAUUAAUGAAGCAAAUGAGGAAAAUAAGGAUAAAAUAAAUAGAAACUAUCAAAUUCAAAAAAAAGAAAAUAGGCAAGGAAACAUUAGCUCAAAUAACCAGUGUAAUAGAAACACUAAAAUGUGUAUAGAUUAUAAUAUUGGAGGAAAUAAAAGAGAAGAUAAUUGUUUAAAUUUGAAUGGGUUUUAUGGAAAUGAUGAUAUUGGGUAUUAUUAUUCCCACUUUGAGCGAAUAUUUAAAAAUGAGAAGAAAAAUGAAAAGAAAAAUGAGAAGAAAAACGAGAAGAAAGAUGAGAAGAAAGAUGAAAAGAAAGAUGAAAAGAAAGAUGAAAAGAAAGAUGACUCUGAAUCUCGUAGUAGUGAUAUAAAAGAGUUAGACAAAAAUAAGAAGAGAACAACUUUAAAUGAAAUGAAUAUAAAAAGUGAACUAAAAUUUGUAGAUAAAGAAAAUGUGAAUCCUUAUCGAUAUAUUUUUGGAGGUAUAGAAAAUAAAUAUGUAGAUAACAAUUUUUCAGAAGAUUCUCAAAUUAUUAAAAUGAAUCAAGAACAAAAAAUUGUAAAAAAAAAUAAUCAAAAAGAAUAUAUACGUAAGGUAAUUCCGAACAAUAGCCAGGGUUGUAAUGACGAUAAUGAUGACGAUGAGGAUAGAAUAAAAUAUGAUUAUAAGAAUAUUCAUCAUUCAGAACAAAGGAAAGAAAAAUCCAAACAAUGGGAAAAGGAAAAUAUGACCUCUUCUUAUAAAAAAACAGAUAAAGAGUUGAAUGAAAAAUCAAACAUUAAGCUUAUAAAUAGUACCAAAGAAAAUAUUUGGGGAAAUUACCAAAAUAAUAAUACAACAAGUAUUUUUUCUUUAUAUCCAAAUCAAUGGGAACAAUUUUUUAAAAUACGUACUAUAAGCCAAAGGGGCGAAGCAGAAAUGGAAUCAGCAAAUAAAGAAGUAGCAAAUAAAGAGGUAGCAAAUAAAGAGGUAGCAAAUAAAGAGGUAGCAAAUAAAGAAGUAGCAAAUAAAGAGGUAGCAAAUAAAGAGGUAGCAAAUGGCGAGGUAGCAAGUGGUGAAAAUGUUCCACAAAUAGGAGUGAUAGAGAAUAAUAGCUUGGUAAGUGGAAUCAGCCAAGGUAUUAAUAUCAAUAGAACUAUAAAUAAAUGUAAUAAUGGUAAAAAUGAAACAUAUUUGACUGGAAAUAUUAGUGAGUAUGUAAAGGUCGGAAAUUAUGAAGUAUGUACAGAAUCAAUAAAAAAAUUGAUAGAUAUACCAAAUAGAUCUGAAAUAGUUAACGUUGAUUUUUAUGGAAUACAUGAUAAUAUUCCUAAAAUAAUAAAUGGAAACAAAAUAAAAAGAAGAUAUAUAGAUGAUAUUGAAAAUGCUUAUUCUAAAGUUCUAAAUGAAUUGGUAAAUAUCAAUAAUGAUGUAUCUAUAAGUGAAAAUGAUUCCUUUAUCGGUAAUUUAUUUAAUCGUGAAAAUAGUGAAAAAAUAACAGAUAAAAAUACAACAAUAAAUGAUUAUAAUACACAUGAAGAAAAUUGUGUAGCAAAUACUAAACAGUGUUAUUACACCGGAGUAACUAUAUUUUAG